UUGUUGUCGUUUAGCGACGAUGGCAAGAUAUACCCCGGGGAGGUCCCCAUGGUUUCUGUUCUUGAAAGUGUCGACAAGAGAGCCAUUCGAAAGUGCGGGGUCCACCGGGCGCUGGCACGAAGUUCGGGUUCCUCACACAGAAAAGAGGGAUGGGUCCGAUUUUAUGAACGUGGGGAGAGCAGCGUCAUCCAAUGACAAUUACUCCGGGUACGGCGAGCUUCGAGCACCUGCAUCCACCUUGGAAGGUCAUCGAUCCGCGCACUGUGUGCUAAAGCGCCGGUGCACUCCCGUUCCCGGUCCCAGUGGUGGCCUUCCGUCUGGCUUUCUGCUUCCCUCUUCCCACCUCCCACCCAGGCUUCGAGUGGUGCUUUCAUCACGCCUUUUUCCUUUUAUUUUCUGGGUUUUUGUCUCCAGUUUUUCCUUUUUCUCCUAUCAUUGAUUCAGUCACCGCUCUCCUCGGUCUAGGAAGUUCGAGAAACGUACCUCACACGGUGCGCUGUUGUUGUAUAAGCUGGAACCACGGACACAGGCUCCCUUUGCCCCUCGGAAGGACCGAGUUUAUAUCUGAAAGAUUGAUUCACCACAACUCUGGACAUCCAUCAUCAUCGCCUUAUCAACGGACAGACACUUAGGUUGCUCUCUUCCUCAAUACCGCCACCAUGCAUAUCCGCGAGAUGCUCGCCGAUGCCGAAAGGACCGGCGCACCGUCCUUCUCGUUCGAGUACUUCCCGCCCAAGACGACACAGGGUGUCCAGAACCUUUACGACCGCAUGGAACGCAUGAACAACUUUGGGCCAAAAUUCAUCGACAUCACAUGGGGUGCUGGCGGCCGGAUUGCCGAACUGACGUGCGAGAUGGUGGUACAGGCGCAGACAUAUCUGGGGCUCGAGACAUGCAUGCAUCUUACCUGCACCGACAUGGGCGAGGAGAAGGUCAACGAUGCCUUGCGAAAGGCUUACAAGGCUGGGUGCACCAACAUUCUGGCUUUGAGAGGUGAUCCACCUCGCGAGAAGGAGAAGUGGGAGGCUGCCGAAGGUGGUUUCCGCUACGCACGCGAUCUUGUCCAGCACAUCCGAAAAUCCUACCACGAGCACUUUGACAUUGGCGUUGCCGGCUAUCCCGAGGGUUGUGACGACAACAAGGACGAGGAUCUGUUGUUGGAUCACUUGAAGGAGAAGGUCGACGCCGGUGCCACAUUCAUCGUGACUCAGAUGUUCUACGAUGCCGACAACUUUGUUCGCUGGGUCGGCAAGGUCAGAGCUCGGGGCAUCAGCGUCCCAAUCAUUCCCGGCAUCAUGCCCAUUGCUACCUACGCCAGCUUCCUUCGCCGCGCCAAUCACAUGAACUGCAAGAUCCCCGACGAUUGGAUGCAGAGACUCGAGCCGGUCAAGAACGACGAUGUGGCGGUCAGAGAUAUCGGGAAGACGCUCGUUGCUGAGCUGUGUCGCAAGAUUCUUGCGGCCGGAAUUCACCACUUGCACUUUUACACCAUGAACUUGGCACAGGCCACCCGCAUGGUGUUGGAGGAGCUCGACUGGAUGCCAUCCCCGGAUCGCCCGGUCAAGCAGGCACUCCCCUGGAAGAGGUCUCUUGGCUUGGGUCGCCAGGUCGAGGAUGUCCGGCCCAUUUUCUGGCGCAAUCGCAACAAAUCUUACGUUGCUCGCACGCAAGACUGGGACGAGUUCCCCAACGGUCGCUGGGGUGACUCUAGGUCGCCGGCCUUCGGUGAACUGGACGCAUAUGGUAUUGGUCUGACGGGCACCAAUGAGCAAAACCGCCAAAAGUGGGGCGAGCCAACUUGCAUCCGCGACAUCGCCACCCUCUUUGUCCGCUACCUGAACAAGGAGAUUGAGUAUCUCCCAUGGAGUGAGGCACCAGUCGCCGAAGAGGCCGAUGUGAUCAAGGACUACCUUCUUGACCUCAACAAGCGGGGUCUGAUCACGGUAAAUUCUCAGCCGGCUGUCAACGGUGUCAAGUCUACCCAUCCAAUACACGGAUGGGGUCCAUCCAAGGGUUAUGUGUACCAGAAGGCCUACCUCGAAUUGCUCGUUUCCCCAGAAGUCUACCCAGAGAUCAAGAAGCGCAUUGAGAACCACCCCGAUUUGACGUACCACGCGGUGACCAAGUCUGGCAUGCUUGAGACCAAUGCUCCAUCCGACGCGCCCAACGCCGUAACGUGGGGUGUUUUCCCCGGAAAGGAAAUUGUUCAGCCUACUAUCGUUGAGCGAAUUAGUUUCCUCGCUUGGAAGGACGAAGCGUUCCAGUUGGGAUCUGACUGGGCUCGCUGCUAUGAGGCUGACACCCCAAGCCGUCUGUUGCUCGAGGACAUCAUGAAGUCGUGGUACUUGGUGAAUAUCGUCAAUAACGAUUUCCACCAAGGAGAGACGCUUUAUGAGGUUCUGAAGGAUCUCCAGGAGCCCAACUUGGACAAGGUCCCGCAACCACCAGCCACCAAUGGCGAAGUUGCCAACGGCGUUGAGGCUUCAACAUAAUGCCUCUUGAAAGGACACGACUCUGAAGUUGAACUUUUAAGGGUCGUGUUUUCUUUUUUCAACACAUUUGCAUGGUCAAAUCUAAUUUCAACACAGCGUUGCCAAUCAUGGCAGCAAAGCCCCUUAAUCUUCUCCCAUCUUCUGCUUCUGUCGGGGACAAGAGUGAAGACGAGGAGAAAGGAAUGCACAUGAAAAAUGGUUUAAUGAAUGAAUUUCAACAAGACUCACAGCAUUAUACAAGAACAGCAUUUAUCUGGGGCGUUAUUUUCAACAAUUGAUCGUGUAUUUUUCUUUUGGACUGUUCGGGUUGGGAGUGUGGGAGGGGUGGGGGGGCCGGCGAACAAAACAAACAUCAUCAUCGGGGUUGGGGACUUGAUUUUUCAACAAAAAUUGGGGCAUUCAACUGGCAUGGGUGGGAUGGUGAGGGAAAAGGAACCAAAGGAAAACUCAAAUGGGGAGUUUUUCAUGCAUUCAUGGAGAGAUAUCUCAACGAUACCCAAGAGGAGGAGGACGAGGAGGUAGAGGACAGAGAGAAGGUCAAUAGGAAUUGGAAUUCAAUUGAUGUGCAACAAUG